CCAUAAUGCAUCAGCACAGCUCUGCCAUGUUUGCGCCUCUGCUCCGUGGAUGGACGUUGUUGUUAUAGCGCAGAGGCAGCUAUUUCGUUUGGUUGGAUGCAUCAUGUCAGUAUAUUAAACGCUGAAUGAACUUUCCAAAUUUGUAGUCUGCUCCCAGUGAGACUUGCAUCGCACCAUGUCAGUCAACGACACAGAGUUUGACUUUGAUGAGUAUGACAAACCAGGUGCUGAGCGCUCACGCAGAAGAAGGGGUGAAGAUGAUGAUAUUGAAAGUGAUUUGGAGGAGGAAUUGCUCGGGGAUGAUGGAUGGACAUCAAGUAAAAAGCCAUCAGAAAUGUCUGAUGAGGAGCUUAAUGAUGACCUUCUACAAAGUGAUGAUGAAGACCAAAAUAUCAGCAUGGGCACGUCCUAUGGCCAGCAGGAGGAAGAGAACUACGCAGAUGACACGGUGACCCUGGGCGCACCGGGCUAUGAGGGAGAAGGAGAGUACACUGAGGACUACAGCCACGACCACAAUGCAGACCAAAUGGACUACACCGGAGAGCCAGUCGAGGGGGAUGAUGGCUACCAGGAUGAAGUGUUAGACCUUGAAAUCAAUGAGCCUCUAGAUGGGGAAUUUCAAGAUGAUGAGUACACAACGUCAUAUAACGAAAAACCACUGGAUGAGCGCCAUGACCAAGGCUCAGAAGUCCCAGAAGAAGAGGAGUUUGUAGAGGAUGAGGUGUCUUCCACUGCAGAGAGCUCACAGGUUGAAAGUGAAGCUGUUCUGGAAGAAGAAUCUCGAGAGGAGUCAGAAGAGGAGGAUGAGGAAGAUGAAGAGUCUGGGCGUCUGAGGUUCAAGUCGGAGAGAAAAGAAGGUGUGGUGGUGCGCUUAGCUGAUGCUGGAAGAAAACGCAGCAACAUUCCUGAAACCCUCGAACUGUCGGAAAAGGCCAAAGCUGAUCUGAGAGAGUUUGAGGAACAAGAAGAGAAAAAAAGGCAAAACCGCUAUGGCAGAGGGAGAGGAGGAAGAGGAGGCCGAGGAAGAGGGGGCAUGUUGGGGUACGGUCCACAGGACAUGAGGGGAAACAGAAGAAGAAUGAAUGAGCCCAGAUAUCCUUUCAUGGGCAACAUGAACAUGCAGCACCAGGGAUCCAGAAUGCCCCCUCAUCAACAGCACCACUCCCGCCCGCGAGGACCUCCUCCCUUCUCAGAGCCGGGGCGCCCGCUGGUCCAGCAGCCCCUCCAGCCGCUCAUGCCUCCACACAUGGCUCACCGCUCUCCACCAAUGCAUUCCCAAAUGGAGCCACCACCUCGAAUGAUGAGCCCGUCUCCUCCUGGCUUUCCCCAGCACUCCCACCCACAACCUCCCCCUCCCCAGCCCAAAAACAUCCACAUUAACCCGCAUUUUAGAGGCCCCUCGACGCCUGUGCAAGUGCCCUUGAUGCCUCCUGCUCAGAGCCAGCCUAGACCUGCUGUAGGUCCUCCGAGGUUCCCUGGACAAGGUGAUUUCCAGCAGCACACUUUUGGUGCACCCCAGCGGCCUCCUCCUCACAUGGAACCCUACAGGAGCCAGCCACCUCUGGGGCCACAGGACAGAGAGCCCCUCUUUAUGGGAGAACAUGCAGAUUCUGCACCUUUUCCGGGGCAACCCAUGUUUGAGCACCACGGCCCCAGCCCUCUGAUGAAUGCUAACAUCCACCCGCCUCAGAUGCCUGGUCCAGGGCACAUGAGCUUUGGCCCACCAGGACCAGCCUUUAACCAGCCAGGCCACGGCCCACUUGGACUGUUCCAGAGGGAGCCCCCUAGACCCGGCCUCCCUGCUAACCAUGGACAGGGAAUGAUGGGCCUGAAUCAAGGAGGCCCACCCAACCAACCCCGGCAAUUCAUGGGCCCUCGACAACCAUUUGGACAGCCACGCAACCAUUUUAACCUCCAAAUCCCGUAUAGGAUGCAGGUACGACUAAGACCUCCUCAUCCUCAGGACUUAGCCCAUCCUCCGCACGCAGCACAUGCACAGCAGCACCAUCAUCAGCAACCUCCAAAUGAGCCUCGUCCCAUGAUGCACUCUGGCCAGAACUCCUUCCACCCGCAGCAGGCGCAUGGUAGCCCCAGGCAGUCCACUCCCCGCUCCCAGAACCCCCAGCUGCGCAAUAUGGCAAACAGGCAGAGAAUGACUACCCCAACUCCUAAACAAGUGCAGACUCUACCACAGCGCAACAGCAACCUUCGAGAGGUCCCGGUGGCUCCUGGCAACGCAAACAUUAACAGUACACGCCCUGCUGCAGCUGCUAAUGUUAACCCCACCACCCCAGCAGCAAUGGGGCUGCGCUCGGGCCAGAAUUCUCACCUAUCCAACAGUGGCAGAGGCCGUGGACAAGCUUCUGCCCGGGGUAGAGGCGCAUCACAGCCCGGAGGUCCAGGUCGGACCCAAAAUUACCAGGAAUCCAACACUGAACCUGACACAGGGACACAGAACGUUGAGGAAGAUGAGGAAACACGGCAGUAUCGUUUGAAGAUCGAGGAGCAGAAGCGCUUGCGUGAAGAGAUUUUAAGGAGGAAGGAGAUGAGAAGACAAAUGCAAGCUGGAGUCCGAAAGAAGGAGCUACUGGACCGACUUAAUUCAAAUCCUCAAAGUCAGAACCAAGGGACCGCUCCUCCUCAGAAUCCCCCGUCACAACCACAUCCGCCUGUACAACAGACUCCUCAGCAGAGACCCAUGCCACCGAGGCAACAGCCAGCCAAUCAGGGAGUGCCAUUCUCUUCUAACGGCUCCUCCAAAACCCCUAAGGCCAGUCCUCCUGUCCGGACACGGGGGCCUAUGGUAAUGGGAACAAACCAGCACCCACAUACUGGCAUCAGCGCAGAGCAGCCACAGACUCCUCAGGUGGCGCUGCAGCAGAAAAGGAGUGCUGCCCCUCAGAACCCAGUGAGAGCAGUCCCCUCCUCAGUGCUGCCCCCAGCCCCACGGCCAGGAGCUAAACGCACAGUGAUGCAGCGCGCCACUGACGCGGCUCCUGUUCCACAGAAAGUCCGACUCAUCAAACUUUCAGCAACUGGUGAAAAAAGUUCUGCUGUCACAGGCGUCCCCAUGAAGGAAGAAGGCACCCAGUCAGCGUCUCCACACAACCUAGGUGCCCAGCGAAAGGUCACAGUGGCAACGCUGCAGCAGCAGGGAUCAAAUGUACCACAGCAGCAGAACCGGGUGGUGGUAUCAGGCCGGGGCAGAGGUCGAGGACAGACUGGUGCGGGCCGUCCCCUCCCCACCAGACAGAGCCAAAAAGCUGCAGAGAAAGGGCCAUCCACUGUGUCUAUCGAGGGCCUCUCCUCCUCUACAACUGAAGUGCAGCUCAAGAAUCUGCUCAAAUCCAUCGGUCCCAUCGAGAUGUUCAAAAUGAUUCCCCAGCACAGAAAAGCAAUUGCAAGAUUUUCCAGUCCCCAGCACGCUGCCAGUUUUCAGACCAGCUUUCAUAGGCAUAUGAUUGAUUUGUCCCACAUUGAUGUGUCGCUGAUCGAUGGAUGAGAAGCACUUUGACAAAGACCUGGCUCCACGCGCCUCCAGAAGAGCCAUCCAUACACAGAGAGAGAGGAGAGGGGGAGAGAGACCUGUGCUUCAUUCAGCCUCUGCACAACACAUGAGAUACUUUGGGAUAAGGAGAAACGUGUGUGUGUACAUGCCUCUGAGAACCGAGUCUGUGCUCACUAUAAGCACUGCUCAGAAACUGGACUGCACAUCUCCUUUGUAAUCGUUCAUGUUUGCUUAUUGCGUCGUAAUGGACACUAAAAAAGGCAUCAUGCGGGAUAAUGGGUGCUCCCCCUUCACUUGGUAAUAGACAUGAAAACUUAACUAUUGCAUUGAGUUGGGCUUAGGCUAAUUUAUGCAGAGAGUAGGACUUGCUUCAGUUUCUCUUUUCUUAAUGCUGACAGGUUUCUGACAGUAGGUGGCAGUGUCUCAUCACUUGUGGGCUCUUUCAUGUAUAGAUAGUGUGGAGUUAGUGUGUGGAUGGCACCACCUAGUGGAAAAUAAGUAGACUGGUUGCUGUAAAAAAAAAAAAAAGCUUAAUUUGUGAAGACAUUUCUGUGUUGAUGAUGCUUGCUUGACUGACUGACAUAACGUAUUAUCUAAAGUACUUAUUUUUGUGGGGAAGGCUGGUUUCCAUGUUUUAACUGUUACAGUGGCACUAUAUAGGCGAUGUCUGCUAUUUUAGUUGGGUGUUGGAUUAUGGUGUCUUUACAGGAGGAGGAGUGAGUGGUUGUGUGCUUUGGCAUAAUUUGAUUCUUUUAUGGUUGGCUAUUUAAUAAUUGCUUUUGGUUUAAUAAGUGCGGGGUUCACAUUGUCCAGUGGCAGUACUGGUUCUUCUACAGGAAGCCAUUAUUGUAAAUAAGCUUUAAACUGUAUGUUAGUCAGUGUUUUUUUUAGUAAUUCUGCGGUUGUGUACAUUGUACUUUCAAACUGAACUGUAUUUUCAGCUUCCAAUACUUUACAGAUGUUGCUUCAGUGUUGGCACACUACAGUGCAUAAAGGUUUACACACAACUCUAUCAGCUGUCUUGAUAAAUGAAAGAUGCAGAUUUUUAUUCUGAUAAAAUAGUGAAACCAUUUGUUCAGGUUUAUUAUUACAGAGAUCAGAGUCCAUCUUGAAGGUCAUUAUUCAUUGAAAUUUAGGAGACUGUGGGGGCAUCCAUUAUCCCUUUUAUUAAUCAUGUCAUAAGUAAAUCAGAUUACACUUAGUUUUUUGUUUUCUUUUUUGAACUGCUGUAGUAUCAGGUUAACUUAUGUAAAGAUGUGUCCAGACAUACCCAAAACAACGUUUCUGGGCCCCAAUUGUUGAAAUUCAAAAGUUGAAGGGAAAUAAAAAGGCGGCCAAUAUACCGUUACUACAGGUAUAUGAAGCCAGUUCCAUCUUGGUCAAAUAUGUGUGCUGUGUUGUCUUGUCAACUGCUCCUGCAGCCACCGUCACAAUCUACACUUGGGGUUUCAAUUGAAUUCUUAUGCAACCUGGUACUUGUGAAAUUUUCCUAUGGUUUCAACAAAUCUGACAAACUUAAAUUUGAACAAUCUGACCAAAUUUAACUGCCAAUAAAAAUAUUAUUUGGCUUCUUGAGUGAGAUGCUACUUGGUUGUUCCAAAACUGGUGUUUUUCUUCCACCUUUGCCAGUGAUGCCAUUGUUUUGUCUUACAUUGGUCAGUGUCAAAUUUGGACUUAUGGCCUUGUGACUUUGUAAAGAUUAGCAUGCACAACUCUUUUAACAGUAAAAGGUUGUAGCAUUUUCCUUAGCACAGUUCAAACCUGUUUUGGAACGACUACAGCUCUAAACCCUUGAUACAUUUUGAUACCAGACGUGUUCCUCAUUGUACCUGUUCUUUUAUAUGUUGUACACUUUUGUUCCGACUUCUUUUGUGUUUUAUUACUUUUAUUUUUAUUUGCUCUGGUCCUCCCACUUUUGUACUUUUGAAAUAUCAAUAUUUUAAUGCUGUGCAUUAAUUGUUAGUGGUGGGGUAUCGAUAAAUCCUAUGGAUUUAAAGGUACCAGCUAUAUUUCCAAAUAUAAGACACCUGGGGUCUCAUUUUUAAAGCAUGCAUAUGUACUAAAAUGUUAUGUAUGUGACUUUCCGUAUCAAGUUUAUUGAAGUUUACGCAGAAAUAGUCCAUAAACUGAAGCCUGCAUGUGUGGUGUUAAGAGAUGGUGCAGAGAAAGAUCUUAGCUCAGAGAGGUCUCAGAGUCUCAUAUCACUGAGCCAGUGGAAAGAAGUUUGUGUUUUGUCUGUACGUUCAAUUUUAGUUAAGUUUUAUAAAUGAAACCCCUGGUCUUGUAAUGUCAAAACAGAUUCAAAUUGAAUCUCUAUGUAUCUUAUACUAAGACAUAAUGCUCUUACUUUACACUUUAAAGCUAUUUUUAUUGACACUGUGCCCAAAUGUGCUAUAUGGUGAUGACUUGCGUAAUAUUAGCCUGCAUAAUUUGACCAGAAUUCAACUUCUAAUCAAAGUCUUUUUGUCACCAGGUCCUCGGUGUGGAAGACUGCUGCUGCAAUAACCUGCUCUCAUUCCCUUUAGGUCUCAUGGUCCAGAGCAAUUUUUGACCUUUUCUUUUGCAAGCCAAAUUCAUUUGCAUACAUGCACACAUCUUAGCGUGUUACGUAUAUUUAAUAUUUGCAGAUAUGUAGGUGUUCUUUUACUCUUUUAGAGUGAAAUAGUGACUUGGAUGUAUUAAGAGCAUUUGAUGGGCUUUAGUCCCUUCGUAUAGCACUUUUGGAUCAAACUAUUGACUGUGUGCAUGCAUGUGUUUGUGUUUGGCUUAUUUGUAAUGAAUGAAACAGAACUAUGAUCACUACAGGCCACAUUGGACAAUGGAGAUUUUCUCAAUCUGAAUCACCUCUCAGAUUAUUUUUUUCUCUCUUUUUUUCUCUCUCUCUCUCUAAUGAAUCUAGGCAUUUUGCAGCGGCGAACCUUGGAGUCUUGCAGCAGAACUUAACCCUUAUUUCACUGCUCAGUUAAGAGCGCCACAUUUCUUUUUGUGGGUGCUGUUUUGUUUAAUCUUUGCUGCACCCUGACACUUUUGUAUUAAGCAGGAGGCCUACCUGGAUUUCCAUUGUUUGUUAGCCCAGUGGAUGGAGAUGUCCAGCUCUCUAGCAACUAUCGGGUCACAGGGCAGGCUGUAGCACUGGGCUUUCACUGCACCAGGGCCUUCCCUACUUCUGACUUUAAACUGGGGUUGGAUUCAUUCUAAACGGCAUUCCUUCAUCCCCUUUCUGUUUCACCAAGACAUUAUUUACUGCUUCAAAUGACAAUCCAAGUUAGACUGUAACUGAACCAACUGACAAGCUUUUCUAUCAUGUGGCUGUGAGAACUGUAAUGUAAAAGUUUCUUUUGAAAAAUGCUGGAAUAAUCUGAACAUUUGUGGUAACGUGUACAUAUUCUGCAAACCAACUGUUUUUAAAUGGCACGGUUUAUGAAGACAUGUAAGCCUGUUUCAGCACAAGAAUUCAUAUGUGAUGCAGUCAUAAUAAACUUGCGUAUAAUGUAAAGUUUUAAAA